AUGAGAGUCAGACUACCUAUCGCGUCCGCGAGACGCGCCAGACCUGGAGUUGUCAGCGCGAUGAUCGAGUGCGUCACGGCGGACGUGUCGGACAUUGAACAAUUCUACAACUGCAACUUUUCCAAAACACGAACCCAACGAUUGAAAGACUACUUUCGCGACAAAUUGGUCGAGCUGAAGGCUCUUGAGUUUGAUCAGCUGGAUCUGGAAGACCAAAUCGACUUUGUGCUACUGGAGAAGUAUUUGCGCCAGCAGCUUGGAGGCCUUGAGUCUUUUGAGACUUCUCUUGAGGAGCUCAAGCCUAUCCUUGAACCUUUCGCAUCCGAGCUGGUUGAUUUAAUCGAACGGAGACAAAAGGUCGUGCCGACUACUGGGAAGUAUGCAGCAGAAAUACUGUCAUCCGUAUCGAAUGAUGUACAAAAGAAGAGUCGUGAUAUUGAAAGCGACCAACUCCGAAUCAAUGGUAAAGGUGCUCGCUUCGCGGCUUAUCGUGCAGCGAAUAACCUCGAUGAGCUACAGUAUUUGCUCUCUGAGUGGAUGCACUUCUACAAGGGAUACGACCCGACCUUCACAUGGUGGACCAUCGCUCCCUGCGAGGAGGCACAGAAGCAGCUACAGAACCUAGCGACAGCUGUGAGAGCCAAGCUAGUUGGAGCGACCGGCAGUUCUACCAGUGACAUUGUUGGUCAGCCAGUUGGUCGAGAUGGACUGCUAGCAAGUCUAGACGCUCAAUUUAUUGCUUACAGUCCGGAGGAGCUGAUGGAGAUUGCUGAUAAGGAAUAUGCUUGGUGCGAAAGUGAGAUGAUCAAGGCAUCCAAAACGCUUGGUUAUGGGAAGGACUGGAAAGCAGCCCUUGAACAUGUCAAGAACUUGUAUGUUGAGCCUGGCCAACAGACUUACCUCGUUCACGAGCUUUCAGAAGAAGCAGUGGCAUACGUCAAGAAACACGAUAUGGUCACUGUCCCACCUAUCGCCGAGGAAUGCUGGAGAACUUUUAUGAUGACGCCAGCGCGACAAAAGGUCAAUCCUUUCUUCCUCGGAGGGGACGAUCUGAUUGUGUCAUAUCCGACGGACACAAUGUCGCAUGCAGACAAGCUCAUGUCGCUGCGUGGAAACAACAGACCAAUGUCGCGAAGCACUGUCUUCCACGAGCUGAUUCCCGGCCACCACCUGCAGAUGUACAUGAUUGCGCGAUUCAGGUCUUACCGAAGUCUUUUCACCACCCCUUUCUGGAUUGAAGGCUGGGCGCUCUACUGGGAGUUUGUGCUAUGGGAUCGUGGCUUUGCAAGUACUCCGGAGGAGAAGAUUGGCAUGCUUUUCUGGCGCAUGCAUCGUUGUGCUCGUAUCGUUUUCAGUCUGAAGUUCCACCUGAACCAGAUGACACCGCAAGAGUGUAUCGACUACUUGGUCGAGAAAGUCGGGCACGAGAGGGCUACAGCGGAGGGCGAAGUCAGACGAAGUUUCAAUGGCGACUAUCCGCCCCUUUACCAAGCUGGGUAUAUGCUUGGAGCACUGCAGAUUUAUGCUAUGCGAAAAGAGAUGGUAGAAGGCGCAGGUAUGGCGGAGAAAGAUUUCCACGACCGCAUACUCAAGGAAGGAGAAAUGCCUAUUGAAAUUCUCAGGGCUUUGUUGCAGGAGAGGAAACUGCAACCUGGCUACAAGGCAGGUUGGAAAUUUUACGAUCUCUGA